CGCCCCGCCAUUUGACUCACAAAAUUUGUUUGUCCCCUUUCUGUUCCACAUUUCUGAAUUCCACGAUCAUAUCCUUAAACCCCCUCCCUGCUCCAAACCUAUCACAGAUGGAAAAUACCAAUACCAACCUCAGCAUCAUAUCGAGGGAGAAGCUGGACCAGGUGGCCACCUGGGUGAGCACCACCGUCAUCUCCGCCUUCUUUUCCUCCCUCGAGAGGUGUUCUUGCGUCAACCUCACCACCACCGAAUUCGAUGAUGACGAGGACGACGCCAAUGAUCGCCCUCUCACCCUUUCCGCCGCUCCCCACCCCAACGACAUCGUUUAGCUCAUCUCCCUCGUCGGUAUCUCGUAUUGAUUCACCUCCUUCCUUCCUGUUAGGUUUGUUCUUUUUCAUUAACAAAAAGGGCAAAAACUGAGAAAAACUAUAUGUAUAUUGUUCCUUCUGGUUCUUGUGUCUGUUUCUGGAGUAUUUAAUUAUUAUGUAUUUAUAAUGAACCAAAUUUAUGUAAUUUCAAACUGCUCCUCUUUGUAUUCUGUUUAAUUUUGUUCUCUUAAUUGAAUUCUGAUAUCAUUUUGUUAAAA